UCCCUUUUCAAUCGCCAAAGGGGACAAGUCAUAGAUUAGCAAAGAAGGCUCGUUUGUUUCAGCCCUUUGGAGGGAUCGCAUAUUAUCGGCCAAACAAAAAGCAGCGGGAAAAAAAUCACCCAUCUUACUUCCAAGAGAAGUUGACUGACUGGCCACGGUAAAUCGUUCCAGUGAAGGGCAACAAAAGACAAAUUUCCAGAGCCGUCUGUUUGGGAUUCCGCCAAACCCCACGAUCGGUGAAAUAAAAUAAGCCUGGGUUUACAGUAUCACUCACUAUCACUCACACUCACUCACCUACGACGCUUCAGGUGUGACACGCGCGAGUCGCGCAAAAUAUUCUUUGGGGUAAACCCGCAAAAAAAAACAAAGAUUCAUUCUUUGAAUCCCUACCUUGAGAAUAGUCCACCAUGUCCAGGUUUGCUCGCGGGAGCAUACUGCGGCGCCUGGCAGCCCCGACGGCCAUCACGGCCCUCGGUGGUGGCCUCGUCCUAUACGCCUAUCGCCCACGAAAUAUCCCGGGCUUUGAAGACCCGGCUGUUCCGCCACCAACCUACGGCGCCGAUGGCACCUUUAAACUACCAAGGUUUCCGCGCACGAAAUCGCGUGAGGAGCAGAUUGCCACUCUGCAACGGAGCUCUGACCCCAAAGCCGCCGACCAAGAAGAGGGCGUCUAUGACAUGCUUGUCAUAGGUGGUGGAGCCACGGGUGCCGGUGUGGCCCUCGAUGCCGCUACACGUGGACUCAAGGUUGCCUUGGUGGAGCGCGAUGACUUUGCUGCCGGUACCAGCAGCAAGAGCACCAAGCUCGUUCACGGCGGCGUGCGAUACCUCGAAAAGGCUGUUUGGGAGCUUGACUAUUCACAAUAUGAGCUGGUCAAGGAGGCCUUGAAAGAGCGCAAGUACUUCCUACAGACUGCUCCACAUCUGAGUUCAUGGCUACCCAUUAUGCUUCCGCUGGACAAGUGGUGGAAGGUGCCUUACUACUGGGCUGGAACCAAAUUCUACGACUUCCUUGCCGGGAGCGAAGGAAUUGAGAGCUCGUAUUUUCUCACCCGCAGCAAGGCGCUUGACGCUUUCCCCAUGCUGAAGAAGGAGGGCCUUGUCGGUGCUCUGGUUUACUACGAUGGCGCACACAACGACUCACGCAUGAACGUCUCCAUCGCCAUGACGGCUGCGCUGUAUGGAGCCACUGUCGUCAACCACAUGGAGGUCACGUCUCUUACCAAGGAUGCCAACGGAAGGCUGUGUGGCGCAACUGCCAAGGACCUGGUUCCCGCCAGGGAUGGAAAGCCUGCUCCCGAGGUUAAUAUUCGCGCACGCUGCGUUGUCAACUGCACCGGUCCCUUCUCCGACGGUAUCCGCAAGCUCGAUGACUCGUCGGUCCAGGAGAUUGUCGCUCCGGCGGCUGGCGUACACAUUGUCCUUCCGGGCUUUUACAGUCCGGCUAAUAUGGGCCUGAUUGACCCGCAGACCUCUGACGGCCGCGUCGUUUUCUUUCUCCCAUGGCAGGGCAACACCAUCGCCGGAACUACCGAUGACCCCUCCACGAUCGUCAAGGACCCCAUCCCUGACGAGAAGUCGAUUGAGUGGAUCCUCAACGAGAUCCGCCAUUACCUGUCUCCAGAUAUCACCGUCCGCCGUGGCGAUGUCCUCGCUGCGUGGGCUGGUCUGCGCCCCUUGGUCAAGGAUCCCAAGGCCAAGAACACCGAGGCCAUUGUUCGCAACCACCUUGUAGACAUCUCGCCAUCGGGACUGGUCACCUGCGCCGGCGGCAAAUGGACUACAUACCGCCAGAUGGCUGAGGAGUGCGUCGACGCCGCCAUUGCCGAGUUCAAGCUCAAGCCUGGCCGCGUCGUUAAUGCGCCGCGCGUGUCCGGAACUGAGCAGAUUGAUGACGGCGCCGACCUCGAUGGCUCCUGCCAGACCCACAAGGUCCGACUCAUUGGAGCCCACGGCUUUGGCAAGAACUUGUUUAUCCAUGUUAUCCAGCACUUUGGCGUCGAGACCGACGUCGCCAAGCACCUGACAGAGAGCUAUGGAGAUCGCGCCUGGACAGUUGCGGCUCUGAGCAAGGUCACCGACAAGCGCUUCCCCGCACGCGGCGAGCGCAUCCACGAGCUCUACCCCUUUGUGGACGGCGAGGUCAGGUAUGCCGUGCGCCACGAGUACGCGCAAUCUGCCAUCGACGUAGUGGCCCGCCGCACGAGAUUGGCUUUCCUGAACGCCCAGGCCACGCUUGAGGUGCUGCCAAAGGUCAUUGACAUCAUGACCGAGGAGCUCAAGUGGGACAAGAGGCGGCAGGAGUUUGAGUGGAAAGAGACUGUCAAAUUCCUUGAGUCUAUGGGUCUUCCCAAGCCUCUCCUAACCGUCACUCGUAAGGAGAUCGAGCAGGGCAAGAUUGAUCUGUCGACUUCGCUUGAGUACAAGAUGUACACCAGACAUGACAAGCCGGUGGAGGAGCUGUAGAAGAACCAUGCUCGCACCAAGGGUCUCUUGGUCAGGUGGGAAUUUUACCAUCUUACUCUGCGAUUUGUUGACAAACGGGACCUAUUUCUUCCUAUUUUCAGUCUUAGCCCUCCCGUCCCAACUCACCAGAAAUUAUUGUUCGUUUGUAUGAUAUAAUUAUAUUUUGGCCUGCAUCAGCUCGCACAUAUCUCAGACCCCGCAUCGCCAUACCGGACUUUGGAGGGGGGAUAUAUACUUAUUCUUUCACAACGGUGGUCUUUUUUUAUUCUGUAGCGAAGGGUUGGAGUUAAAGGUUGGCGGCUGUAUGUUGUGGUCUUGUUUCUGGAUAUCGCAAAAUGGGCAUUGGAGAAUGGAGGCAGUAUUGAUUUUCAAUCCAAGUAUUCUUUCUCUGCCCAAGUCCCCAUCCCCGUGAAAUUGAUAUUUCCGGCCAGG